GACAAAGCAAAGGCAGUUUCUUUCUGGAUUGAAGUUCCUGGAAGACACUGGCAUUCGACAGUGACCAGGGAGACAGCUCAGACAGGCAGGACCAUGUGGCUGCUCCCACCUCUGCUUCUGCUCAUCAUCUCAGGCUCAUCAGCUGGCAUCACGGGUCCAGAAGAGGUGCGUGGCCCUGAGGGAGGCUCGCUGACCGUGCAGUGUUACUACGACCCAGGGUGGGAGACCUACGUGAAGUACUGGUGUCGAGGAGCUGAUUGGAGUAGCUGCAAGACCCUUGUCAGAACCGCUGGAUCAGAGUGGGAAGUGAAGGAGGACCGUGCGUUUAUCAGGGACAAUCAGACCAGCUGCGCAUUCACCGUGACCAUGGAGAAGCUCCGGAGAGAGGACACAGACACUUACUGGUGUGCAAUUGAGAAAACCGGAGCUGACCUUAACGUCCCAGUAAGAGUGACCGUUGGCCCAGUGAUCGCCCAGUGCCACUACGGCCCGCAGUGGGAGACCCACGUGGAGCAGUGGUGUGGCGGAGCUGAUGGGAGCGGCUGCAGCGUCCUCGUCCAGAGCCCUGGGUCCGAGCAGAAGGGCAGGAAGAGCGCCGUGUACAUCAGCCAGGAGAGACGCUCGUUCACCGUGGCCCUGCACGACUAGGGAAGCGACUUGGGAGGGAACAAUGUGCUUCUCUGGGUUGCUGCCUGGGCGUUCCGCGCUGGGACAGCCUUGCUCACACCCGGAGUCUGGCCGUUGAGCCGGAGACGUGGACUAAGUAUUCCUGCCCUAGGACCCGGCUUUGCUUUCCCCAGGGCAGCAUUUAAAAUAACCACUGAGAGUUGAGCCUGUGAAAAGUUAAUGACCUUCGCCCCUACUACCUUGUAAGUGACAGGCACUUGCCACCUUGCUCUGGCUGUUGCUCCCUUUGCCUGGCUAAUUGCUGCCUCCCUGCCACCUCACCGCGUUCCCAGACCUGCAAGGAAUAAAUCUUGUGAUUC